CCCUCUUCGGGCGCGCUCGGGCCGCCUUAGCGCUCCCCGCCCUCGAGCCGGGGUGCCGGAGCCGCCCGCCGCCCGUGGAGGAGGUGGAGGGAGCCGCAGGGGCCCGCCGAGGCGGCGGCGGCGGCAAGAUGGCGGACUUCCUGCCGUCGCGGUCCGUGCUGUCCGUGUGCUUCCCCGGCUGCGUGCUCACGAGCGGCGAGGCCGAGCAGCAGCGCAAGUCCAAGGAGAUCGACAAAUGCCUGUCGCGGGAGAAGACCUACGUGAAGCGGCUCGUGAAGAUCCUGCUGCUGGGCGCGGGCGAGAGCGGCAAGUCCACCUUCCUGAAGCAGAUGAGGAUCAUCCACGGGCAGGACUUCGACCAGCGCGCGCGCGAGGAGUUCCGCCCCACCAUCUACAGCAACGUGAUCAAAGGUAUGAGGGUGCUGGUAGAUGCUCGAGAGAAGCUUCAUAUUCCUUGGGGAGAUAAUGAAAACCAGCUACAUGGAGACAAGUUGAUGGCGUUUGACACCCGGGCCCCCUUGGCUGCCCAGGGAAUGGUGGAAACACGGGUCUUUUUACAAUAUCUUCCUGCUAUAAGAGCCUUAUGGGCAGACAGUGGUAUACAAAAUGCCUAUGACCGGCGACGAGAAUUCCAACUGGGUGAAUCUGUAAAAUAUUUCCUGGAUAACUUGGAUAAACUUGGAGAACCAGAUUACAUUCCAUCACAACAAGAUAUUCUUCUUGCCAGAAGACCCACCAAAGGCAUUCAUGAGUACGACUUUGAAAUUAAAAAUGUUCCUUUCAAAAUGGUUGAUGUAGGUGGUCAAAGAUCAGAAAGGAAACGUUGGUUUGAAUGCUUUGACAGUGUGACGUCAAUACUUUUUCUUGUUUCCUCAAGUGAAUUUGACCAGGUGCUUAUGGAAGAUCGACUGACCAAUCGCCUUACAGAAUCUCUGAACAUUUUCGAAACAAUCGUCAAUAACCGGGUUUUCAGCAAUGUCUCCAUAAUUCUUUUCUUAAACAAGACAGACUUGCUUGAGGAGAAGGUGCAAAUUGUGAGCAUCAAAGACUACUUCCUAGAAUUUGAAGGGGAUCCACACUGCUUAAGAGACGUCCAAAAAUUCCUGGUGGAAUGUUUCCGGAGCAAACGCCGGGACCAGCAGCAGAAGCCCUUAUACCACCACUUCACCACUGCUAUCAACACGGAGAACAUCCGCCUCGUUUUCCGCGACGUGAAGGACACCAUUCUUCACGACAACCUCAAGCAGCUUAUGCUACAGUGAUGUACAAAGACUUGCUAUUUUAAUACCUUUUGUGUUUUUGAUUGUUUUCUGUUUGUCUUGUCUUGUUUUUUAAAAUAGCAGUUUACAACAAGAAUUAGAAAAGUCUUGAUUCUGUGUUUAACUUUUGGGAAAUCUUAGUCCUGCGGCCUUUGGUUUGUGGCUGGACGCUGCUGAGUAACACAUUGCCAAUAUCCGCUGGAAUUCAGGCUUGGAUUGGUCUCGCCACGGCUCCCGCUCAUGUCCAGUUGUCAUUUCCUAGCCAACCUCAGGCUUCAAAUUCUUCCACCUUUUAAAAAGAGUUCUCUGUAGUGCCAAGUGUAGACGGCAUCCUUGAGUACAUGUAGGAAUGCCUUUAGGAAUUUAGGCUCUCGUGCAGGGAAGAGAUCUUCAGUCUGCCUUACACAGAGCAGGACACGCGCUGCCCAGCCUACCACUUCCUAUUGUGAAAGCACUGUUGGAAAAGGUUUUAUUGACAUCGGUCAAUUUACACGCAGGUUUAGCCUUCAUGUGUUCAUAAUUGCAUAUAUACGCAACAGUUGUUUUGUUACAAAAUUUCUAUGGUUUCUGAAGGCAAUGUUCUUAGUGUUUUAAAGUUUACAUAAGGAUUUCUAGUCUGGUCUGGUGGGAAUGGUACCAGGGAGCAAAUGCUAUAAUAGUGUCAAAGUAACGAGUGACCUACAGUUUGCCUUUUUCCUAUUUCCUGAUCAUGUGAUUUAAUGUUUCAUAUGUGAAAUAGUUUGGCCACAGCAGCAACUAAAAAUUGCAAGUGACUUGGUAACAAAUAAACGUAAUUGGUCCAGAAUGCCAUGUGGGUCACUCCUCAGUCCUGUCUUGGUUGACUUUGCUCCUUACUCAAGGAAAUCAGUGUCACAUCAUCACUUAUUUCUUUUGCUCUUCUGUCCCAUCCCCAGCAACAACAAACUGUGGCAUUUAAGGGAGUCUUCUGUUUAUUUGGAGCUUGCCAAGGGUAGUAUUUUCCUGUCAAACUAUUCAAGAAGGCAUUAUUUGAGAUUGCUGUUCAUUCUUGGUGUGUCUCUAAAAGAUACAGUAUGUACAUGUUUGUGUAAUUAUUGAUUAUGAGAUGCCAGCUUUAUCAAGGUACAUUUUCAAAUUUUAAGAAUGCUUAUAAGGAAAAGUAGUAAUUUUUUUAGUUCACACCUAAAGGUGAUUACAUUUGACCUCCCAUUGCUUAUCACAUUCAACCAUGCCGUGGAGUAGCUUGGAUUGCAGAUGGUGAGCAGAAUGGCUGGUGUGCAGGACUGCCUGUAGGUUUUAUGCAGUGUUCAAUUGGAUUCAAGAUACAGAUGUACAAAGCUGGUACAGUUUGCAAGAUCUGACAGCUUUUCUGCUUUUCCUAAAAAUUAUGAUUAAGACUGUGAUAUCUGUCACUUUACUGUAUAGCUGACUGUGUUCUCAGGUAUUUUAUUGGUCCUUGAAAGAUUGGUCAACAUUGUGGAUCACCUGUCCUUUCCUAGACAGUGGCUCUUGUCCUGUCUUGCUGUCAGGUAGGAGAGGUAGACCUUGCAGUGUGCUAACCAGGGAUUUGUUCUUGACAUCCUGGCUUUUUCUUGCAUUUGAAGUUUCACUGUCAUUACAUCCAUUUAAAUCUUAGUGUUUUCAUGCCUUUGUAAUACAUGAGCUUCAGACACACAGCCCAGCAUGGUAAUAAUGCAGGUAUUCAUAGCAUAAUUCGUGCAUGUUUUAAUAGUUCUAUUAGUGCUUCUUGCCAAAAAGGAUAGAGUAUAUUGUUUAAAUUUACAGGGUUAGCAUAACCCCAGUGCUAAUGAACAUCUGAGUAUGUGCACAGUACUAUUGGGCCUGUUUGGUAGAGCCUACUGUAAAUUUAGCUGAUAGUUUUAUUGAGUGGCCAAGACAAAUAUUUAACUACAGUGAAGGCUUCAGUCAGCUCCCUAUAGAAGGUUGACAACUUAGUCUUAUUGAAGCUAUUUUAAGAUCUGUGAUAAGCAUAAAUAUUGUCUGAUAAAGCAGAAAAUACCAAGUUUCCCUCUUUUUAGCUGCCACCAAGAAAUGUUAAAACACCAACUAGAUAUGGUGUCAUUUGCAGCUUUCUUCUGAUGUGUGCAAUGUCUCACAAUCAACAUUCUUUUAAAAUAGGAUUUAGAAUCUAUUUUGAGGCAAUAAAUUCUAUUUAAUUUAUCAGCCUUGCUUAGACCUUCAGUAGAACUAUGAGAUUCAACCUAUAGGCUUCAGUCCACGUUCUCCUGUGCUGUAUUUUAAAUUAUUUGAAAGGAAUCUCUUGCCUAUAUCAUGAAAGCCACAUCCUUUGAAUUCAAGUACCACUGUAUGAAAAAGAAGUUGGAAUUCAAUGAGCAGAACUGAGAAGGUGCUCUUACUUUUCACUGUGCUAACUUCCCCUGAUCUCUAAAAAAGUAACUCAGAUUUCAAGUUCUUUGAUGUAUUAAAUUUUCCAAAUCUUUGGUUAUGGUUUGGAAUAAAAUGUGCCUAUUUCUGUA